AUGCGUCAUAGCAGAGCACACAGGAAGUUGUCGAGAGAGAGAGACAAAACGCGGUCUUAUUUUUAUUUCGUGAAAAGCAAUGCCUCCGAAAACCAAAUUUCAAGAAGGAGAAAAAGUUCUUUGUUUCCAUGGUCCUCUUCUGUAUGAAGCUAAGUGCGUUAAAUGUGAGGUUAAGGACAAACAAGUUCGCUACCACAUACACUACAAUGGCUGGAACAAAAAUUGGGAUGAAUGGGUGCCAGAGAGCCGUGUCCUCAAGUGCAAUGAAGCAGGACUACAGAAGCAAAAAGAAUUGAUGAAAGCCCAUGGAGUACAGCAAUCUCAAAUGGGCAAGAAGGAGAUCUCCGCAGCCAGCAAAACAGUCCACACAUGCACCAAGUGCAAAAAAGACUUUCUCACUGAGGGCCGGCUGAAAAAACACCGUUGCUCAGCUUGCGAAUCCUGUGGGAAGGUUUUGUCCUCAUACCAGCGCCUUUUGGGACACUCCUGCCAGCAGCAAGACGAUGAUAAUAAUGAUGAGUACAGCAUUGAAAGUGAUGAGGAAAAGUCAGAUUCCAACAAGAGUAUUCGAUCCCUCGUGCAGAACCAAGACGUGGCUAAUGCUGUGAGAAAAGCUAGUAAAGGUGGCCGCAAACCAGAAAAGAAGGAAAAAGAAAAAGAAGAAAAAGAGAAGGAGAAAGAGAAGGAGAAAGAAAAAGAAAAGGAUAAAGAGGAGAAGGAAAAGGAGAAGAAAAGUACUCCUGUUCCAAGUACACCUUCAGAGAAAAAAAAAGACAAAAAUGCUACAGCCACAGCACCAUCUGUACCUGCCACUAGUACAUUAUCCAUAUCUUCAGUAGUGGCACCAGCUGCAGCUGUUGCAGAACGUGCACCUCCUACUUCUUCUCCAGCACCUGAACCAAAACGCAAACGGCCUCGCAUGGAUGCAACAGUGGAGUCAGAGGAAGUGUUCAUGACCAGGAUAGAGGUGAAGAUUAAAAUCCCAGAUGAAUUGAAGCCAUGGCUUGUAGAUGACUGGGACCUCAUCACACGUCAAAAAAUGCUUGUGUCGUUGCCAUGUAAAAACAGCGUCAACAAUAUCUUGGAUGAGUACAUUAGGGUGAAGACAGCCAAAAGUAAUGUCAACAAGGAUGCUGUGAUAGAGACUAUGGCAGGAAUAAAGGAGUACUUUAACGUCAUGCUGGGCACCCAACUACUUUACAAAUUUGAGAGACCACAGUAUAGUGAAAUUUUAGCCGAGCAUCCUGACCAACAGAUGUCAGCAAUCUAUGGUGCAACUCACUUGUUGAGGCUUUUUGUGCGCCUUGGACAGAUGCUCUCCUAUACAGCACUGGAUGAGCGAUGUGUUCAAAUUCUUCUGUCACACAUUCAUGACUUUCUCAAAUAUAUGCUGAAAAAUUCUUCAAACCUGUUCAGCCACAGCGACUAUGUGAUUGCUCCCCCGGAGUACCACCGCAAAGCGAUCUAACAGCUUAAAUUCUAUUACGGACAGUGAAUACAGGAAUAUAAACAAACUUCGAACAUUGUUCCAUUGUGGUUUUUCCUUACAAGAUGAUGUGUACAAAACAAGAUUGAAGAACAAGAUGCUUUCUGACAUCAUUGUACAGUCUACACCUAUAUUUCCUUCACUGUUUUGGAAGGAACUGACAACUUGUCAAGUGUGAAGACAAACAUCAAAUUCUAAACCAUAUUGACUGGUAUCAUAGGAUACCUUGGAUAUACAUGUACUGCAAAUGGAUAAACAAAACAAAUCUGAGUGUGAUCACCUUGUGGUCCUUGGUGAGAGACUAUAUAUGUAAUUGUUUACAUUAUCUGAAAAUAGCUAGCUUUUUAAUAAACUGUUGCUCAAAAUAA